AUGGACAGAAGGUCUGCUAGAAUAAAAGCAGAGUUAGAAAGAUAUGGUUGGAGAGUUUCGAAGAAGUUUAAAUAUAGGAAGGGAAGACCCAUAAAAGUCUAUGACAAAUUGUCUGGUCUUCGCUACGAAAUGGAUUUGGAAACAGCACGUGCCAAUUAUCCAAACAGAUUAGAGAGGUUAGAAGAAGAACGUCUUAUGGACAUGCCUUUCGAUGUUAGUGAACCUCAAGUUGAAGGACACGACGGCUUUGCCAGAUUCUACUGGAAACAUGACGAACAAUUGCAUCCUUUGAGAAGGAAAAAAGGAAAAGGUGAAGACGCACAUGCUCCCAUGGAAAGAACAAGAUAUGCAUAUGAGAAGUAUCGUGAAGUUAGAAGUCAAAUUACAUCUGGUCGAACCUUUACAGUAAACUUUGACGAAGGAAAGAACAAAGAAGGCUUCAUGGGUGUACUUGCUGCCAUACAAGACGGAAAUAAGAAAGGAUACAAUCUCAGAUUGACCAUAACAGAUUUGGAUGGUCACAUUUACUAUGCACAUGGCAAUGUCACAACAGCUGCAAUGCUUCUUGACGCUUUCAAGACUACAAAGAGAGAACAAAUGGUUGACUCCGACUCAGACAUUUUGAAUGCAAUUGAAGGAAUUGCAAGUGUCAAGUUCGAAUGGUACCAACCUAACCCUCAAGCAGUCAGACAACAUGCUGGAUACUUCCCGUUCAUAAAUAAGUCUGACAUUGACUUGACAAGGUAUGGAAUUUACAAUUCAAUUGAAACAAUUGUCAAUGAACCUUGUAUUCUUACAUGUCUCAGGAACUCUGGUCUUGUUACAGAUGAGAAGAUGAAGUAUCUUGAGUCAUGUGUGAAGACAAGGUACAUUCUCAGAGGUCAAUUGGCAAAAAUUGCACCGUUGGCAAAUGUCAAUAUCCGAGUCAACAUACCUACAGCUAAAGGUUCUUCACAUGACGACUAUGUUGUUGAGUUCAAUUUACCAUGG